CACUACAGGGAGAGGUCUCAUCGCUAGAAAUAGCCGAGGAACCUGCAGCCUCAACCUGGGCUAAGGAGGACGUGCCGUUCCUGGGGAGCCUUAGUCGGGGGUCCCCAGCGUCCUCCAUUUUCUGACCGGCUCCAGGAAUAGAACCAAAAGAAGCUGAACAAGGAAGCAGCGCGGCACCAAGAAAAGCAGAAGUCGGGGGGCCUUGGAGGCGUGACUCUCCCCUCGGGUCCAGCUGGGGCCUGGAGCUGCUGCAAGUGCCGCCUGUGCUGGGGAAGGGACCAUGUGGCUGCCUUGGGCUCUGUUGCUUCUCUGGGACCCAGGCUGUUUUGCUCUGAGCGGCCCCAACACCGUGGCAGGCCCCGUGGGGGGAUCCCUGAGUGUGCAGUGUCACUAUAAGGAGGAACACGGGACUCGCAACAAAUACUGGUGCAGACCACCACAGAUUCUCCGAUGUGACAAGAUUGUGGAGACCAAAGGGCCAGCAGGAAAAAGGAACGGCCGAGUGUCCAUCAGGGACAGUCCUACAAACCUCAGCUUCACAGUGACCCUGGAGAAUCUCACAGAGGAGGAUGCAGGCACAUACUGGUGUGGGGUGGAUACACCGUUGCUCCGAGACUUUCAUGAUCCCAUUGUCGAGGUUGAGGUGUCCGUGUUCCCAGCAUCAACGUCAAUGACACCUACAAGUGUCACUGCGGCCAAGACCUCAACAAUCACAACUGCAUUUCCACCUGUAUCAUCCACUCCCCUGUUUGCAGUGAGUGCCACCCACAGUACUAGCAUCCAGGAGGAAAAUGAGGAGGUCGUGAACUCACAGCUCCCGCUGCUCCUCUCCCUGUUGGCAUUGUUGCUGCUUCUGUUGGUGGGGGCCUCCUUGCUAGCCUGGAGGAUGUUUCAGAAACGGGUCAAAGCCGGUGACCAUUCAGAGCUGUCCCAGAACCCCAAGCAGGCUGCCGAGCAGAGUGAGCUGCACUACGCAAAUCUGGAGCUGCUGAUGUGGCCUCAAAAGCCAGCACCACCAAGGGAGGUGGAGGUGGAAUACAGCACUCUGGCCGCCCCCAGGGAAGAACUUCACUAUGCCUCGGUGGUGUUUGAUUCUAACACCAACAGGAUAGCUGCUCAGAGGCCCCGGGAGGAGGAACCAGAUUCAGAUUACAGUGUGAUAAGGAAGACAUAGGCCUUUGUCCUGCCUCGCCAUCGGAGCUCUCAUGGGCCCCAGGAAGUCCAGGGAUGGCUCCCUUAUCCCUGGCCCACGUCCUUCUCAGCCUGCCCUCGAUGACAGUGACCAACAGACAGGCAGCUGGGUUUCCCAGGCCGUCCCUCUGUUGCCAUCAGCUCGAUUGGCUUCCCUGAGGGCCAGCAGGGCUGGGGGCUCCGGGAGCAGCAGGAAGCACUCCCAGCCACCAGCGCCUGUUGCCUAUUUCCCCUUUGCCCCUGCUUCAUCCUGGCUCUGUGUAUGGAGGACAAAGCUUCUUCCUGCGUGGCUCCAGGAAAAGAUGUGGCUCACGUAGGUGGCAGCUGCCAACAGCGUUGUCAAUCACAGCCCCUUAGGAACGUCUGGAAUUGCUUGGGAGUUGGGGAGAACUGUCAAGAAGAGUGAAGAGAGUGCCAAAGCGGAGAUCUGUUCACAUGGGGGCCAUGGUGGGGGGACCCACUAAAGAUCAAGAUCAAAGAUCCUCCCCAUCUCACAGACAAGGAAACUGAGGCCAGAGGGAGGAGAAAAUUGCUCAUGGCUCCAGAACUGGUGGCAAGUUCCUCUGGACUCUUAGGUUUAUUUUUAAUAUGAAAUAUAAAAACAGUUUCAAAUAUCUUAUUGAGGGAGAAGUAAAAAGUUAUUUAAACAAUGCCUGCUAUGUGUCUGCAAUCCUCUGCUAAAGAAAGCUCCCAGCUUUGAUACCAGAUGAGUGCAGAGAAGCCUUGUGGGUGCAGUGGGUUGGGGACAUCCUAAGAGAAGUCCUCACUGAGUGGGAGAAGAGGCAGGGUCUCGCUGUGUUGCUCAACCUGGAACUCCUGGAGUUGUGCAAUGUGGACUCCUGGAUCUGAAAG